AUGAAUUCGCCUACUGUAGAAGACCUGUUGUUAUUAGGUCACAGUACCACUUCCUCGAUCGAGCAAGUUGGUUUGAUUGGCAGAUUAAGCAUCGUGCCUGAUGACAAGACAUGUGACAAUCGAAUGGGCACUAUUUUAUUCACAGAUCUCGACGGGCAAUAUUCACUGCCUUGCAAUGUAGACAUUAUGCGAAAAGAGAUCUUACAUUACCAAGUCAUAAUCACUUAUUGGAACUACAUCAGCUGUAGUGAAACCGAUGUUAGUUACUUAGAGUUCAGUCUGAAGCAUGUAUAUCGAAUAGACGACACGACCAUUUCUUUACUCGAAGAAUGCCUGCAAUUGGACGAUCAAAGAUUCGCAAGCUCUUUAAUAUGCAACCCAUCAUUAACUACUCCUGACCAGCUACUACAAACAGCUUCUGUGGGCGAAUCUGUUCAUGUUUUAGGAAAGGUAACGGCUAUUUCCAGACUGUACGAUCAGUCCGACUGUCCUGCGACCUUCUUCAUUCAGCUUGCUCCAGAAGAAGGCUUGUCUGCUUCAAUCACGAUAUUUUUUAAAGAAAUAAGUUUAGUCGAAUACUAUCCCAUGUUUAGAAUUGGGUGUUUUUACGCCUUUCAGCACAUACAUUCUACGCCAGCCAGUUUAAUUCUUGAUGCACUUGAGCAGAAUGAGCCAGUAUUUAUAUAUGACAGCAUUAUGUCCUCCGUUCAGAUGAUAUCAAUUUACCACUACAGAACAUAUGCCCCAACACGCCCGUCAAUGAUUCAUCCGGAAGCACUUGAUGGCACUAUAAGCAUAGACUGUCAGAUCAAACGUGUGAUUGAUGUUUCCCUUGGAAUAUACGAAAUAGAAAAUGGGGAAAUCAUUUGCUUGCUCAAUACCCCCAAGUACGAUAGAGCUCGUCCAUUUCGUGUAUCAACCAUGCUUAGACUAGAUCAUGUACAUAGGAUACAUGCGCAGUCAGAAGAUGGAGCAAAUAGCUAUCUCUUUCAACAUCUGUGGGAAAUAGACUCAAGGCCCAGCUACAGUGUUAUUGUUGCCUGCUAUAAAAGCCAUGUACAAAUUAAUUCUUUUCCAGACCAUUGCGAACUUGUACAGACUACACGCUGGCCCUUUUCUACCAAUGAAUUGCUUUAUAUGAAUGCCCCAAGGCUAUUGCAUAUCAUGGAAAUAUUCGCCUUCUUGAAAAUGGAACUAAAGAUAGUCCUAGAACCCUUCAAGCUAGCAUAUGAUCUUGAGCAUCUCUUAUUCAGAAGUGCUGGAUCAGCGUAUGAAAAUCAUAUCGUAAAGUUUCUCAGGCAUGACAUUAGAUGUACUAUCUUAGAUGACGCUUACAAUACAAAAGAAAGCUUGAAUAACUAUACCAUUUGCCUAAGAUCAUUCUCGACACUAUCUUCCAUACUACCGCGCCUGCAAGUAUCUGCCAAAGAAUCAAGUCCUCUUUCAAGUAUAGGGUCUACUGGUGGUUCAAAUUUUCUUCCGGUUCCUCUAUUUACCGCCGAAAUCAACGAGCAUUCCUUUGGUCACGGUGUCUUGGGACUCAUCGUUGCUGCAUAUGAUGGUACAUUCUAUUUCAUGGGUGACAAUCAUCAGAUGCCCAUUAUCGUCUCUAGUCAAGCAGAAGAAUGGAUACAAGAAGGUGUAUACUUGCUCAAGCGGGUUCAUUAUAUCAAGGAAGAUAUGCUAUACUCCACUAUUAACGAAAGCAACUCAGUCACUUUUGAACACUUGAUCUGCACAAAUGAUGACGUCUUUCUUGUUGAGACAUACAGUCAUGCUAAGUUGACGUUCUUUUGUCGCCCACUGAUUAACUCCCAUGGCAUCUCACGUUUCUCUAUCCCAAACAAGCUACAUCUGCAGCAGCUAAGUGACAGCGUGUACCACGUCAUUUAUAUACUACGUAUUUAUCCUACAAAGCUAACACAAAGCAACUCAUGGCUAGAGUCAAGUAUUGAUUGUGAUGCAUAUACCCUAAAUUAUCCCUCAGUUAACAAAAGGCACUAUAUGCUAAGACUCAGUUCAAGAAAGGGAAGUCUAAAGUACAAACCGAGAUUAAAACCAGACCAUUGGUAUAUACUCAGGGGGCCGCUCAAGGGCUAUUCUCAAGAACUAGAUGCACAAGAACAUGUAUUUUAUCCCAUUCAUAUUCAAGCAGAGGACGAACUUGGCCCAUCAUCUUGCAUCAAACUGUACUAUAGUGAAAUCGCAACAGAAACCCCUCGUUUUUCAAAUGUAAUUCAUGAUAUCUCUGAGCUAGUGAAUGUGCAGGUUGGACUAAGCAAUCGUAUCAACAUAAAGGGAAUCAUUGUCGACAAGAGUUUUCAAAUAGAACGCGAUACAGGAUUGACUAGGACAGAGAAUGUAGCAGUGAUGUUUGAAAAUUUUAAAGUAGGAACAGGCGUAUCAAAACGAAAGCUAUACAUACGCCUUCGCCAGCCCUAUACUCUUGAAACAGUAGGUAUAUACCUUGAUAUAGGCCGCGUGAGAUACCCUCUAGGGUUAAUUCCUGGCGCCUAUGUGAUCAUUAAAAACGCAACAUUAAAGAAAACCAGUAACAUUGGGGGGAAAAUGUACUGCAAAGCGGAUGAACAUUCCACUGUAGAGAUAGUCAGCACAAAUCCUCUGCAUGAACCCUCCGUUACAUCGCCCUAUAAAACGACAACGAACUUAUUAUGCUUUGCUCCAGGCGAAUGUAAUGAUUAUAUGCGCGGUGUCCAUCGAAUAUUAUGUUCCAUAACCAACAUCGUCAAAUUUUAUACAACAGCAAGGUGCACAGGGUGCCGUUCGACUUAUAAGGAAAGCAAAUGUACAAAUUGUCAUACCGAUCGGGGUUAUGUACUGUUCGCUAAUGCCGAAGUGGACAUCAGUGACGGGACAAUACCUGGCAUCGUCUAUAUCGAAGGGGAACGCCUUGUCUUUCGUAUGUUACAGCUGAAUCAGAAGUCAAAAGAGUGCUUCAAACAGUACGUUGCUAAACACGGCAUAAUUUCAUAUACCUCAAGCAGUAAUCAAAAAGAACUACAAACAAUAUUUUACAAUGCCAAAAAGGGAUCUAUUUUCAUAUAUUGUGAGCAUAUGUCUGAAGAAAGAGCCGCACAAGGUACACUGGAAAGGUCAAAACCAAAACUCCGGGCUUUGGAAAUUGAACCUGUUGAUUAUGCGGCAGUUGCAUGGGACAUUUUGAAUACAUAAAAUAGACUUACAAAACAG